AAAAUAUGCUCGGUCUGCGCACACUUCGUAGCGGUCGCCUGGCAAAGCCAUCUGCCAUUCGCAGUAGCCUGAUGGCUCGCGGCUUUGCGAACAGUGUGCCGCGGUAUCAGGAGAAAAUCAUGGUCAAGAACCCCGUCGUGGAACUAGAUGGCGAUGAGAUGACUAGGAUUAUCUGGAAGAAGAUAAGGGAGGAGCUUAUCCUCCCAUAUCUUCAACUGGACAUCAAGUACUAUGACCUCGGUAUUGAAGCCCGAGACGCUACCAGCGACAAGGUAACCGUCGACUCUGCCGAAGCGAUCCUCAAGUAUGGUGUUGGCAUUAAGUGCGCGACUAUCACACCCGACGAGGAACGUGUGAAGGAGUUCAAGCUUAAGGAGAUGUGGAGGAGCCCGAAUGGCACAAUUCGUAACAUCCUUGGAGGCACUGUCUUCCGUGAGCCCAUCAUACUCCAGCGUAUUCCAAGGCCAAUUCCAGGAUGGAAGAACCCCAUCGUUAUCGGCCGUCACGCAUUUGGUGACCAGUACCGCUCGACCGACUUCGUCGCGCCAGGACCGGGAAGGAUUCAACUGGUUUAUACGCCUGAAAACGGUGGUGAGCCCGUGGCAAUGACCGUCUACGACUUCAAGGGCAAGGGUGUUGCCAUGGCCAUGUACAAUACCGAUGAGUCAAUAAAGGGAUUCGCCCACUCUUCGUUCAAGAUGGCCCUUUCCAAGAAGUUGCCACUGUUCAUGUCCACGAAGAACACGAUUAUGAAGAAGUACGACGGCCGCUUCAAGGACAUCUUCCAGGAGAUCUACGAGAGCGAAUACCAGAAGGCAUUCGAGGAGGCCGGCAUCUACUACGAGCACCGUCUCAUUGACGACAUGGUCGCACAAGCGAUCAAGUCGUCUGGCGGUUUCGUCUGGGCGUGCAAGAACUACGACGGUGACGUCCAGUCUGACAUCCUCGCCCAAGGCUUCGGCUCUCUUGGUAUGAUGACCUCAGAGCUUAUCACGCCCGACGGCAAGACUGUCGAGAGCGAGGCUGCGCACGGCACUGUCACCCGUCACUACCGCGAGUGGCAGAAGGGUCGCGAGACCUCGACGAACCCUGUCGCGUCCAUCUUUGCCUGGACGCGCGGACUCAUUCACCGUGCUAAACUUGACGGAAAUGACGCGCUCAAGCACUUCUGCGAGGACCUCGAGGCGGCGUGUGUUGAAGUCAUCGAUACCGACGGCGUCAUGACCAAGGACCUUGCCCUCGCUAUCCACGGAAAGAACAUGAAGCGCGAACACUGGGUCAUCACUGACGUUUAUAUGGAUGCUGUUAAUGCUAAGCUCAAGGAGAAGAUGAAGGCCCGCAAGUCGAAGGCCUAAACAAAGACGGCUGUAUAGAUCGGGAUUGUAUCGUAGGUGUAUUAUGUGCAUGUGCAUCUAGGUUGGGUUACUACCGAGGGAUUUGCUAUACCAUGGUGCUGUACUGUGUCCAUUCAUGUGUUACGGCUACGCAGCUUGGAGCGUCCACCAAAAUUGUGCGAGCAACCGCGUCGGCCGAACGGGCCCUGGAAGUACUUCACCGCCAAUAAAACCCCUGGUAAGCCACGCAUCGAUGAGCCAGUUGCCCGUAACGAUGAGAAAUGUCAUCGUCCAUAACCAUCCUGCGAAUCCCUGCACCUUCCGACCACUGACGCGUUUGAAGGCCUGCUCCAGCACAACCCCAACGCCGCUGAGGACAAAGAAACCGCCAAUCUGGCGAAAAUCCGUCCCGCGCGCCAUUCCCCAGAUGCAAAUAUCGUGCAUCACGGCUGACAGGACGAACACAGCCAAGACGCCACCGGCCCUGCCAAGUAGGAGCCGUGCGGGCUUCAAACCGAGCUGUAUGAACAAGUGACGGAAAAGCUGGUGCCACCGCCGGCCCCAGAAGUCGCAGAGCGACGUCGCCGCCCACGGCGCGACGCUGAAGGGCGGCCAGUCGGCCGGUUCCUGACGCGCGAGCGCGAAGGUGAUGAGCGUCGCGAAAUGGUAGUCCAUGCUAAGCGUGAAGUAGACGCCUGUGGCUGUGAGGAGCGUGAUGAACGAC